AAGGCUGUUGCUUUUGGAAUUGUUGGUUGUUUUCCAUCUUGGGGGGGUGUUGUUCGUGCAAAAAUGAUCAGACUAUGGAUUACUUAUCAGCAGUUGGAGGAGCUAGUAGUGAGGUCCUUGGUUCAUUUGCUUUAUGGGUGUUACAUAUUUAGCUCAGGUGUUGCUGGAGAUAUCUCACAGACUCUCAAUGAAAACGCUGAGGUCAAAGAGGGAAUGCCAAAAGGAGACAGAGAAGCCCAUCCUGAUGAUUUGCCUCCUAUUGUGUUGGUUCAUGGCUUUUUUGGGUUUGGUCCAUUUGCCAAAGGGAGAUUGAGUGCUUUAUCACACGUUGCUGGGGCAGAGCAGAAAGAUCAAAGGGUUAUCGUCCCUGAUUUGGGAUCUUUAACAAGUGUCUACGAUAGAGCUCGCGAAUUGUUCUAUUAUUUAAAAGGUGGCCAAAUCGAUUACGGUGAAGACCACAGUAAGGCUUGUGGACACUCGCAGUUUGGACCAAUCUAUAAACGAGGUCACUAUCCUGAAUGGGACGAGGAUCACCCUGUUCACCUUGUUGGAUACUCAGUUGGAGCACAGGUUGUUCGUGUCUUGCAACAAAUGCUUGCUGAUAAGGCAUUCAAGGGAUAUGAAAACACUUCAGAGAACUGGAUAUUAAGUAUAACAUCUCUAUCAGGAGCAUUUAAUGGGACUACAAGAACCUACUUAGAUGGCAUGCGGCCAGAAGAUGGGAGAAAAUUGAAACGUAUUUGCCUGUUACAGCUUUGCCGAAUUGGGGUGAUAAUUUAUGAUUGGUUUGACAUUUCCUGGCUGAAGAACUAUUACAAUUUUGGGUUAGAUCACUUUAACAUGUCAUGGAAAAAGAUGGGCAUAAGGGGUCUUGUUAAUUGCCUCCUAGGGAAUGCAGGCCCAUUUGCUUCAGGGGAUUGGAUCCUCCCUGAUCUUACAAUUCAAGGGUCUAUAAGACUCAACCACCAUCUACAUACAUUUCCAAACACUUACUACUUCAGCUAUGCUACCAGGCGUACUUGGAAGAUCCUUGGUAUCACAUUUCAUUCAUUCAUGCUUCGAAUUCACCCCGUGCUUUUCUUAAGAGUUUUGCAAAUGAGCCAAUGGCGUCAUCCUCCAGAUGCUUCUCCCCCUUAUAAAGGCUACAGGGAUGAGGAUUGGCAGGACAACGAUGGAGCACUAAACACAAUAUCUAUGACACAUCCUCGCUUCCCAAUCGAACACCCUAGCCGCGUGGUCGCACAGGACUCGGACUGCGAACUCUUACAACCUGGCAUCUGGUACUGCAAGAUUAUAGAGGGUGAUCACAUACCAUUCUUUAUGAAUCCGGGGAAAGCAGGAGGGCCGUUUGACUUAAUACAUGACACUAUUUUCGAACGCUGCAGGAAGCAUGUAUCUACCAAGAAAGACAGUGCCUAA